CUCCCUCUUUCUCCUCCUCUCGCUCUUUCUUUCUCUGUCUGUCUGUCUGUCUGUCUGUCUGUCUGUCUGUCUGUCUGUCUGUCUGUCUGUCUGUCUGUCUGUCUGUCUGUCUGUCUGUCUGUCUCUCUCUCUCUCUCUCUCUCUCUCUCUCUUUCUCACUCUCUCUCUCUCUGUUUUGUCACUAAGCUUUUCAGUGCCCAACACUGGACUCAUGCCCACUCACUUGUCCACCCGUUGCAUUCUUCCUUUCUUUCUCUCUUGGCUCUCUCUCUCACUCAAUCACUCUUUCCCUCUCCAUCUCUACUUUACUGAGACCUAAACUGCUACUUUGAAUGAUAGAGGGGACCCAGUGUGUAACGCACACACUCUGAGCUAAUUUAGAGAGCUGUAGCAGGUUGGAUCAGGAGCCCCUGUCUCUCUCUCUCUAUCUCUCUGUCUGUCCGCUCAUCUGUGGUUGUGUAUGGGAGAGGAGGGCUAACAUGGACUUGGUGGGUCUCUCUCUGCCUCUAUUACUUGUGUUUUGGCAAUGGACAACUACCACAGGCGCCGCCGUGACGUACUGGACGUACACGGGUUCAGUAGGCCAGUCCAAGUGGGCGGAUUACUUCCCAGACUGUGGUGGUAAGGCCCAGUCUCCGGUUGACAUGGCAACGGUCCAGACCCAGUAUGACCCCAGCCUGAGCCCUCUUACCCCCCUCGGUUAUAGCCAGCACGGCAACAAACCCUUCAGCCUCUACAACAACGGACAUACAGUGGUGGUUCCUCUCCCAGGCUGGAUGGGUUUAGGGGGGCUGCCCUGGCAGUUCACGGCCGUCCAGAUGCACCUGCACUGGGGCAAUGGAGCCCCGGAGGCCGGGGGCAGCGAACACACCAUCAACGGUCAGAGCUCCGCUGCAGAACUGCAUGUGGUGCACUACAACUCAGAUCUGUACCCUAACAUGUCAGUGGCUAUGACCCAGCAGGAUGGACUGGCAGUCCUGGGAGUCCUCAUAGAGACAGGUGAGGAGGCUAACCAGGCCUUUUGGAACAUUCUCAACUACCUGGGUCGCAUCAGACAUGCAGGUGAGACAGCUGGUCAGAGUGUGUCCAUCCCAGCCUUUGAUGUCCAGUCCCUCCUGCCCUCUGACCUGGGGCGGUACUACCGAUACAAUGGCUCUCUCACCACUCCUCCCUGCUUCCAGAGUGUCCUCUGGACCCUCUUCACAGAGACCGUCAAAAUCUCACACACACAGCUGAUGAAGCUGAAGACAGUGCUGUAUGCCAGUAAGGAGGACGCUGACCGCGUCGUCAUGCAGGACAACUACCGUACACCCCAACCACUUAACGACCGGACCAUCCUCUCAUCCUUCCCAUUAGAAUCAGUGAAGGUGUACACUGCCGGAGAGAUCACAGCGAUAGUAAUAGGAGCUCUGUGUGGCUGUGUUGGUGUGGCUGUCAUCAUUCGCUUCAUAGUGAAGACUAUACGCUCCACCUCUAGCUGGGACGUCCUGCCCAGUGUCCGGCCCGCCCCCGUGCCCAGGACUAUGGAGCCAGGGAAGGAGCUGAAACAGGACGUGGCCCUCAACACGACCACUGAACCAGGAAAAAAAGAAGAUCCUGUCCCCCCCCCAGUCUGAGACAUAUCAGAGACCUCCAUGAACAUGUCACACAAUUUGUAAUUGAAGACUGUAUAGUCCGAACAAUGUGAUUAUGAAAUCAGUCCUGCACAUUCCUUGCCAGUGGAAGGCCUGUGUGUGUGUGUGUGUGUGUGUGUGUGUGUGUGUGUGUGUGUGUGUGUGUGUGUGUGUGUGUGUGUGUGUGUGUGUGUGUGUGUGUGUGUGUGUGUGUGUGUUUGUGUGUGUGGGGGGGGCGGGUGUUGCUUGUCUG